UGUGUGUGUGUGAUUUCCCUAUCACAGUGUUUGGAAGUGCACUCCUCUCAUCCAUCUAACGCAUUCAAAUACUACUACACAAAUUAGAAUCACCAAACUAACUUUGUUGUAUUCUGCUACUGUCUGACAUCAGGAGGUAGUUGUUGCUUUCUUCCAGUAGCUUCACUUCACAGAAAUAUAUAAUUUGCAAAUACUACACUGCCUCCACCACUUCUCUUAGUUGGCCUGUGAAAUAUAUAAUGAUAAUAAUAAUGAUAAUAACAGUAAUAACGGGAUAUAAUGCUUUUGUGCGCUUGCACACAACGACACUUCUUUACAGGUGAAUGACACCAAACAGUUCUCCCACACUGUCACACUCACACACAUACGCACACACACACAAACAAACAAACAGACAUUAUGGAAUUAAUGAUCCCCAUCAUUAUGGUGAUGAUGAUAAUAAUAAUAAAACGGUGGGCUACCUGAAUGCGGCAAGCUGAAAAAUUUGAUCAUAUUUAUCCUUCAUUAUAAUAAUAAUAAUAAUAAUUUCCCCACCACUUCUUGGAUAUUUUAAUUUAUAAUAUCCCAAAAAUAGUAAUUCUAAUAAUAAUAAUAAUAUCGAAUGUGUGGAAAACAUUUCUCAGUUCAACUUCUUGUUGUGCACCUUCAGUCUCCUUUAGAUGAGUUUUACUCAGAUAACAUUUUGAGGCAUAAUUUCUACGCAAAAAAAGAAUAAAAUCUACAAAAUCAACAUAUUCCACUGAGUUUACAUAUACAUAUAUGCCAAUUUUGAAAGAAUUGAAGUAGAAAGAGGAUAAAGAUAUCGCCUAACAACAAAAAUAUUUCCCUUCCUUCAUAAAUUAUCCUCAAAAACAUUGGUAGACAAGCAAACAUCCAAUCAAUCAAUCAAUCGAUAAAUCAAUAAAUCAAAAGUUAUCUGUCCAUCACGAAUUCUUUUUAAAAAAAUGAGGAUUAUCCUUACAAUAUUUUUGGAAAUUCUCAUUUUGUUUAAAACACCCGGCAUUGUAAAUGGCGCCAGUCAUAAUGUUCAACAGUUCAAUAAACAUGUCAAUCAUAAUAAUAAUCGUCAUAUUCAAAUAUUUAAUCAUGAGAAUGAUAUGACUGAUUCUAUACCACUAUAAAUACUUCAUCCUUUUUGAAACGUAUGAAACGAUCAAGUUUACAAAAUGCCGGUGUAAGCAGCGGUAGUAGUAGUAGUAGUAGGGAAAAUUCAAUGAAUUCGAAUCAUCAUCUCAUGUCCGGUCCAUCGGCAUCAUCUUCGUCAGCUUCGUCUGCAUCCUCCUCGUCAUCAGUCUCAUCGUCAUCUUUAUCCUCAGGCUACCAUCAAGCCAUUUCAGGUCAAUCUUUACUCAAUGCUAACGAUAAUGAUAAGGUACUUCGACCAGAGAAAUGUAUUCCAAUUGAAAUACCAUUGUGUAAAAAUAUCGGUUAUAAUUUAACCUAUAUGCCGAAUGCAUUCAAUCAUGAAACGCAAGAAGAAGCAGGUUUAGAGGUUCAUCAAUUCUACCCACUGGUUGAAAUCAAUUGUUCUGAAGACUUACGAUUAUUUUUAUGCAGUAUGUAUACACCGAUUUGUUUACCCAACUGGCAUUAUCGACUAACUGCAUGCAAGUCAUUGUGUGAAAGUGCUCGUGACGGUUGUAUGCCAGUGAUGCGAACUUAUGGAUUUGGAUGGCCAGAAAGAAUGAAUUGUGAUCUUCUUCCAGAAGGGAAUGAAUGUGUAAGUCGAAGUAAUACACCGAAUAGUAAGAAGACUACAGCGAUCUCUGGAUCGUCAUCCUCCUCUGCAUCAUUAUCUGGUGAAGAAGGCGAUAACAUUAAAGAUGACAAUCGUGUUAGAGGUGGUAGUGGAACUAAUGGAAAGUCAUCCAGUCAUGAUAUAUUAUCAUUAAUGCAAGAAUUUAAUUCCCACAAUCGAUUAAAUACGAAUACAAAUAAGCCAAAUUUUAAAACACAAAUUAAUUAUAAAGAUUUUCAUAAAAAUUACAGUUUUCCAAAUGUUUCACCAACAGAAAUUAUCAAUCAAUUACAAGAACACCUGACUAGCAGUUUAAUUGACAGUCAUUCAAAGCAAGGCAGUAAAAAAUCUUCGAAUAAAAAUGAUGAAAUUAAUGACAGUAAUAAUUCAAAACAUUCUAAACAUCAGCAUAAACAUUUCGGUCCAGUGAUUUGUCUACCGUGUCGAUGUCGUGAUCCAUUUGUCGCGUGGAUGAAACCACCGUUCAAUGAAGUAGUCACUGGUGGGAUAUCUGGAUGUCUGCCGUCCUGUCAUAGUCCAGCAUUUGCUAAUCAAUCAGAUAAGACAUUUGCAACAUUUUGGCUUGGUUUAUGGGCUGUUCUAUGCAUUCUGUCAACACUGGCUACUGUAGCCACAUUUCUUGCUGAUCCCGGCCGUUUCCAGUAUCCAGAACGUCCAAUUAUUUACCUGUCAGCUUGUUAUUUUAUGAUUGCACUUGGUUAUUUAAUACGUGUUGGUAUGGGUCAUGAGAAAAUUGCUUGUGAUGGACCAGUUCUUAGAAUUGGUACAACUGGACCUGCUCAAUGUAGUAUUGUCUUUCUAUUGACUUAUGUUUUUGGUAUGGCAUCUUCUGUUUGGUGGGUGAUACUUACUCUGACAUGGUUUCUUGCUGCUGGAUUAAAAUGGGGCACAGAAGCUAUUGCUAAGUAUUCUCAAAUUUAUCACUUUUUCGCCUGGUUUUUUCCUGGUGCACAAGCCAUUUUUGUUCUAAUCUUAUCAGCAGUUGACGGAGAUCCUGUCGGUGGAUUAUGCACUGUCGGUUCAACAAAUUUAGCCUAUCUACGUAUAUUUGUAUUGGCGCCAAUGUGUAUUUAUUUAGGCCUUGGAACUGUAUUCCUAUUGGCUGGUUUUGUAGCCUUAUUUAAAAUUCGCAGUGAAAUUAAACUACAAGCAAGAGGUCAUUUAAAAACAGAUAAGCUAGAAAAAUUGAUGAUACGCAUUGGAAUAUUUGGUGUAUUGUAUACAGUCCCAGCAACAGUUGUCAUUGCUUGCCAUUGUUAUGAAUUAUAUAAUCGUGAUGCAUGGAAUAGAGCUCACAAUUGUCCUUGUGCUCCAUUACCGUAUAUUAAAGAUAUAUCACAAGAAAAUGUUCUGGAGAAGUUGAAAACUCUACUGGCCAACAAUUAUUACCAUUCAUCUCCGAAUGGAGAUAAAUUGAUGGAUAGAAAGGAUGGUUUUACGCUGCAUUUAAAUCCUCCAGCCCACGCGGUUGGUCAACCUGAGUAUGCAGUAUUCAUGCUAAAGUAUUUCAUGUCUUUAGUUGUUGGCAUCACCUCGGGAUUUUGGAUAUGGUCAAGUAAAACAGUCGACUCAUGGCAAUCGUGUCUGAAACGCGCUUUCAAUCGGUCUUAUUCAACAAGUACUAAAAGAAAUCAAACUGGAUCUAUGGCGAUACUAAGUCAUACUGGAGCACUAUUACCCAACCGUUCUCCACCACCGAAUCCAGGAACAAUUGGAUGGAAUACUGGUCAGUCAAAAGUUUGGCUGAACAGUAACAGUAAUCCUAAGCUUUCUGGUGGACCAACUGUUGGCGGUGUGAAUAGUUGUACAACAUGGCAAGAUGAUUACAUGUCCACUAACAAUAAUAAUAACAACCGUCUACUUCCUCAACCACCUCCAGUAGCAGUGGGAGCAGCAGCCAGUUUAGCCUGCAAUCAUUCUGCAGUUAAUCAUUUGAGUCAUACAAUGCCUAUUAUCCCCGGUGGAUCAGUGAUUGGGACACCGGGAAUUUCACUUUCAGGCUUACAUGGUAACUCUGGAUCAUUUACCAGCGGUCCAUUGGAAGGGACUGCUAUCAGUGCAGGCAGUACAACAAACUUACCGAUUCAACAACAACAACAACACGCUGGACGUAAAAUCGAUGGGAAUAGUAUGUUUAUCAUGUCCUCAGUACCAAUGACACAUAUCUAACUAAACAACAACCAAUGACAUAUACGCAAUUAAAAGGUCGAUUGUCUCUAAAAAAAUGGCCUUCCAUUAGACACCAUUAGUACAUUAUCUGGCUGAAUAUUUUCAAUCCCGGUUUCAUAUUGUUAAAAAAUCCUAUGAAUAUGUCUACAAAAACAUAAUCAAUACUUGUUUAGUUAUCUUUCAAGUUGAACACUUAUACUAUCACUUAAGUGAAUGAGACAAUCUUCAAAAAUAUAUUCACAUAUAUAUACAUAAUUUCAUUAUUCUGCAUUUUCAUUUUAGUAUCAAUAGUAUUCUGUUGUCUUUAUAUCUGUACUAGUUAUAACAAGCCAUCAGGAUUGUUUUAAUAAGAAAAAUUCAAUUCAACCACCAAAACUUCCUUGAAUAUCUUUAAUAACACUUAAUGCAUUAAAACAAAAUAUCGUGGAUUAUGUAUUUAUCCAUUGAACAAGUUAAUCAAUGAAUGAAUGAAUCAAUCAAUCAAUCAUAGCAUUUCAGGCAGCGAUAAAUGCUAAAUUGUAAUUAUAUUUUAUUGUUUUUGGUUUAAAAAUUAUAUAUAUAAGACAUUGUCAACUUUUCUUUUCUUUACUUCUUCUAUGCGUUACAAUCUCUAACAAUUUCCUAAUUAAUUAUUGGUAAAAGUUAGUAGCGUGAAUAUCUGAACAUUUCACUGAUUUCCGAACACUAUGGAUUCAAUGGAUGAAUAUUGAAUGUUGAAUAAUGAAUCGCCGCUCACUAUGAUUUGAUUUGUACAUAAGUUGACCCAAAAAUGGAUGAUUGUUGUUUUUUAUUUGUGCAUGCUAAUAAUUAUAAUCAGUUAUUUACAGUACAAUAGCUCAAAAUGGUGCCUUUUUUGUCAGAUCUAUUAAGAUCUGUUUGACGUUUAAAACUAUACUACUAUUAGGAUUUAAUUUAUCCGGGUAAUUUUUAACUGAAAUAAUAAUAUACGUAUAUAAAUAUAUACUACUUAUUAUUUCGUGAGUAAUCUUUCUGUGCAUUUUUUUGUGUACUUUAUUACAUAAUCAUUUAUAUAUAUAGACAUCAUAAAUCUGUACAUAUUUUUAUUUGAAAGUAUCUUUAUUUAUGUCGUGAACGCUAUAUAUAUAUUACUGAAUUCAUAGACAAAUAAAUUUUCUUAUAUUA